ACCGGCUGCGCCACCAUGGGCCUAGCUGGGCUGCAGGAGAACGUGUUUGCGGGGCAGUCAAAGAUCUAUGCCUACAUGAGUCCAAACAAGUACUCUGGGAUGCGCUUCCCUCUUCAGGAAGAGAACUCAGUUGCACACCAUGAGGUCAAAAGCCAGGGGAAACCAUUAGCUGGAAUCUACAGGAAGCUAGAAGAGAAAAGAAAUGCUGGGAAUACAAUCCGAAGCUCAGUGAAGUCUGAUGAACAGAAAAUCAAAGAGGCCAGGAGAGGUCCCCUGGCUCCUUUUCCAAACCAAAAAUCUGAAGCAGCAGAGCCUCCAAAAACUCCACCCCCGUCAUGUGAUUCUACCAAUACAGUGGUUGCCAAGCAGGCCCUGAAAAAGCCCCUCAAGGGCAAACAGGCACCUCGGAAAAAGUCUCAAGGGAAAACACAGCAAAAUAGAAAGCUUACAGAUUUCUACCUGGUGCGAAGGAGCUCCAGGAAGAGCAAGGCUGAGCUACAGUCUGAAGAAAAGAAAAAAAUUGAUGAACUGAUUGAGAGCAGGAAGGAUGAAGGCAUGAAGAUUGAUCUCAUUGAUGGAAAAGGCCGGGGUGUAAUUGCCACCAAGCAGUUCUCCCGGGAAGACUUUGUGGUAGAAUACCAUGGGGACCUCAUUGAGAUCUCCGAUGCCAAGAAGCGGGAGGCUCUGUAUGCACAAGACCCCUCCAGAGGCUGCUACAUGUACUAUUUUCAGUAUCGGAGCAAAACCUACUGCGUGGAUGCCACUCGAGAAACUAAUCGCCUCGGAAGGCUGAUCAAUCAUAGUAGGUAUGGGAAUUGCAAGACCAAACUGCAUGACAUUGAUGGCGUGCCUCACCUCAUCCUCAUCGCCUCCCGUGACAUUGCAGCUGGGGAAGAGAUCCUGUUCGACUAUGGAGACUGCAGCAAGGCCUCCAUUGAGGCUUAUCCUUGGCUGAAGCAUUAA